AUGGCAUGGCCCAUUGGUCUCAUCGUCCAGGCUCUCACCAGUGAUGACGACGACGAGAUUUACAGCUGUAUCAAACAGCUCCUGUCGUCGACAGACGGGUUGGGUCUCAUGCACGAGAGCGUCAACACUCACAGCGUCAGCGUCUGGACUCGUCACUGGUUCUCCUGGGCGAAUGGGCUGUUUGGUCAGCUGAUUCUUGAUGUCAACAAACGGAAGCCGCAUUUGCUAGCGAGGAGUUAUCAAUAA